AUGCCCAUCAAGAAUAGGGGAAGGCCAACAUUGAGCCAGGGCCUUGACAAAGAGAUCUACCAAAUUGUGCGGAAAAUCGCAGACGAGCAGCAGGCGGAAAAUGGACGAAUGAGGCUGUCGACCUAUACCAUAUAUGAUUCGAUCAAACGGUCGAAUUCGAGUUUGAACCGAAAACCGAAGAAACUUCUCGAAGAUAGCAUUGAACGUGUACUCGAAGUUGUUCAGAGCGAUGUUCAUGGCGAUGAGUCGGAUUCUGUGAAUGGAGAUUUUGAAGGGUUGGAGGAUGAAAAAGUGGCUCCAUUGGAGUCCAAUAAUUUGAACAGGAGUAUUGUUAACGCUUGGUCGACAUCAACAAAAUCUCCAGCCCCUUCUCGAAAAGGAAAUGACCAGUCGGCUACUGAUGGCGCGGCUGAAUCGACUACAUCUGUGAAUAAACGACGCCAUCAUGCAAACGAAUCUGCUUCGAAGCGCCGAAAAGCAGACCAUCCAAUCGACAAGUCACCCCCAACACAUGUCAGUCUUUCGGAUCUGGGUGGCAUGGACGAUGUAUUACAGGAGCUAGGCGACCUAAUAAUCUUACCAAUGACACGGCCUCAAAUCUUCACAACCUCCAAAGUGCAGCCUCCCCGCGGUGUACUCUUGCACGGACCGCCCGGUUGCGGAAAGACUAUGCUCGCCAACGCCUUUGCUGCCGACUUGGGUGUCCCCUUUAUCUCCAUCUCUGCACCAUCUGUCGUGUCUGGUAUGUCUGGCGAGUCAGAGAAAGCGCUCCGCGAGCACUUUGACGAAGCAAAGAAGGUCGCUCCGUGCCUUGUCUUCAUCGACGAGAUCGACGCGAUUACACCAAAGCGGGAGAGCGCACAGCGAGAAAUGGAGAAGCGGAUAGUCGCUCAAUUGCUGACGUGCAUGGAUGACCUUGCCCUUGAGAAGACCGAUGGUAAGCCUGUUAUCGUCCUCGCUGCAACCAACAGGCCGGACAGUCUGGACCCUGCGCUCCGCCGUGGAGGCCGCUUCGAUAAGGAAAUCAACUUGACAGUCCCUUCAGAGCCUGUCCGAGAACAAAUCCUUCGCACGCUGACUCGCAAAACGCAACUUGCCGAUGACCUCGAUUUCAAAACCCUCGCCAAACGCACCGCAGGCUUUGUCGGUGCCGACCUGAGCGACUUAGUAUCCACCGCCGGAUCUGCCGCUAUAAAGCGCUAUCUCGAGAUCCUCAGGUCUCACACUGGCGAAGAAAUGGAAAUCGAAGGUGAGACGGAAGAAAACGUCAGCACUAAAGUGAAAGAAAUCCGCCAACUCAUCAAGCACGCCAAAGAGACACCAAUAGGCGAAGAAACCAACCCUGUCCUCGUCUCUAACGCAGACUUCUUCACGGCCCUCCCCAAAAUCCAACCGUCCUCGAAACGCGAAGGCUUCGCGACCAUCCCCGACACGACAUGGGCUGAUAUCGGCGCUCUAGGAGGCGUCCGCGACGAACUCGUCACCGCCAUCGUCGAACCAAUCAGGGAUCCCGACAUCUAUGCCAAAGUCGGCAUUACAGCACCCACAGGCGUCCUACUCUGGGGCCCGCCUGGCUGCGGCAAGACACUGCUCGCAAAGGCCGUUGCCAACGAGUCCCGCGCAAACUUCAUCAGCGUAAAGGGGCCCGAAUUGCUCAACAAAUAUGUCGGCGAAUCCGAGCGUGCCGUGCGACAGGUGUUUGUACGCGCGCGCUCAUCAAUUCCGUGCGUGAUCUUCUUCGACGAACUCGACGCGCUGGUGCCGCGCCGCGACGACGCGCUCUCCGAAAGCUCAGCACGGGUCGUGAAUACACUGCUGACUGAACUGGACGGUCUCGGUAGUAAUCGCUCAGGCAUAUACAUCAUCGCAGCCACAAAUCGUCCCGACAUCAUCGACCCUGCCAUGCUUCGACCAGGCAGGCUGGAAACACUCCUCUUCGUCAAUUUGCCUGGCCCCAGCGAGCGCGCUGAGAUCCUGCAGACGCUGGUGCGGAACCUGCCCAUUGAAUUUUCGGAGCAGUUGCGGGGGCUGGCUGAGACCUGUGAGGGGUAUAGUGGUGCAGAUCUGGGUAGUCUGCUGCGUAGAGCUGGAUAUGCAGCGAUUAAGAGGAGGGACAUGAUUAAGUUUGAGGACUUUGUGGUGGCCAAGGAGCAUAUUCGUCCUAGUGUGACGGAUUUGAGGAAGUAUGAGAAGCUGAGGAGGGACUGGAGUAGUACUUUGCUGUGA